UUUGUCUUUGAUUAAAGUUAAUGGUUUGGGUUUUGACAUUUCUAUUUUAACCUCAAAAUUUCGUAUAUUUAUAUUUUAUUUUCAACCAUUUAAAUUUUUGUAAUUUUAUAAUGGCAACAGCAAAAAUUAUAGAACUGAAUGAAAGUAACUCUUGUAAAAUCUGUCAGACUGCCCUAGGAAAAUACAUCUGUCCCAAAUGUAAUAUUUUAUACUGCUCCUUAAGUUGUUACCGCUCGAAAAUCCACCAAAAUUGUUCAGAACAAUUCUACAAAGAUCAUAUAUUUGAAGAACUGAAACUGAAUGAAAAUAAUCCAGAAGAUCGAUUGAAAAUGUUAUCAAUUUUAAAGUCAAGUAAUAACAGUUUUGACGAUCCGACAUAUCUAGAUGAUGACAAUAUUCAGGCUUCUUCUCCAACAGAGUCCUAUGACUCGGAUGAUGAUAUAGAAACAGAUAGCUUGCAAGAACGUUUAGCUGGUAUUGAUUUAGACGAUGCAGAACAAGUUUGGGCAAGUCUUAAUGAAGAUGAGAGGAAGGAUUUUAUAGCAUUGACACAGGAUUUCAAAACUAAGAAUAUCAUACAUAAUUGGAAGCCUUGGUGGACAUUCUAUUAUAAUGGUAAAGUGCAAGAAGUAGAUUCAAACUCUAGUGGUUAUAAAACAAAGUGUCCAAUAAUUAAAAAUAUUUCUGAAUUUGAAGGUAUUUGUAGACAAAAUCCUCAUGUCAAUGUAAAGUUCAAUUUGUAUAACAUAUUGGCUGGAUAUACCUUUGUAUCAAGGUAUUUCAAUGGAGAAUACUCUUUAUUUCCUAAAGAAACUAUUAGUUUUAUAGCCAUCAUUGCUACAAGUUUACACACUCAUCAAGAUUUUGUAGAUUUACAAUCCGUAUUUGAAUCAAUAGAAGGCAAAAUCAUUGAGAAUGACUGGAUUAUGUGGGACAUGAACAGUGUAUCCAUUAUGAUGAAAGAUUUGGAAAAAAUUAUCUCAGGUCCUACAGAUGCUGAUAAAAAUUAUUAUGUUUUGGCUGCAAUUUGUGACAUCCAUAACUUAUUGAAGAAGUCAAUUUCAAAGAAUAAAAAAGACAAUGGGGAUGUAAUGUCAAAAGCUUUUAUAGACGAACACUUUCCUAUAUCAAGUAUUCACACCUUGAAAGAAAUGAAAUUAUAUAUGAAAAGAAUAGAAUACUUUGUUUCUUAUGUCCAUAAUUACUAUAAGAUCUGAAUAUGAUUGAUUCUGAGAAAAAUAAAAGGAGUAUUUAGUUUUUA